GGAGGAGGAGGAGGAGGAGGAGGAGGAGGAAGCUGGCCUGAAGAUGCAGAGGCUGUUGGAGCCUCCACGGAGAUCGGCUUUCACUGCUGAAGCCACCAGCUCCUUGGCUUUGCGCUGACAACAUCCACGCCACCUUCGCCGCAGGGUGCUCUCUCCCAGGCUUAAGACGUCACUGGUCACCGUGAAGGAUUCAGAUACCCAAAAGGAUAAAUUAAUUGCUGGGUGUCGACUCUGGACGGUAUUUCCGUUUCAUAUUUGCAAUGGAGAAAUAUGAAAAAAUCAGCAAGAUUGGCGAAGGCUCCUAUGGUGUGGUGUUCAAGUGCCGGAACAAAGACACAGGUCAGAUUGUGGCCAUCAAGAAGUUUCUGGAAUCGGAAGACGAUCCCGUUAUCAAAAAGAUUGCCCUUCGCGAGAUCCGCAUGUUAAAGCAACUGAAACACCCCAACCUGGUCAACCUCUUGGAGGUUUUCCGGAGGAAGAGGAAACUCCACCUGGUCUUUGAAUACUGCGACCACACGGUCCUCCAUGAGCUGGACAAGAACCCGCGGGGAGUCCCAGAGCAUCUCGUGAAAAGCAUCGUUUGGCAGACCCUCCAGGCAGUGAACUUUUGCCACAAGCACAAUUGCAUCCACAGAGACGUGAAGCCAGAGAACAUCCUCAUAACCAAGCAUUUUGUCAUCAAACUCUGUGACUUUGGCUUUGCUCGCAUCCUCACCGGGCCCAGCGAUUACUACACAGACUAUGUGGCCACUCGGUGGUACCGGUCUCCUGAGCUGCUCGUGGGGGACACCCAGUAUGGCCCCCCCGUGGACGUCUGGGCCAUCGGCUGCGUCUUUGCAGAGCUGCUGUCUGGGAUCCCUCUGUGGCCGGGGAAAUCGGAUGUGGACCAGCUUUACCUGAUCAGAAGGACGUUGGGGGACCUCAUUCCCAGGCACCAGCAAGUCUUCAGCACAAACCAGUUCUUCAGCGGGGUGAGAGUUCCGGACCCAGAGAGCAUGGAGCCUCUAGAAAUGAAAUUCCCAGGCAUUUCCUACUCGGCCCUCGGACUCAUGAAGGGCUGCCUCCACAUGGACCCUGCAGAGCGGCUGACCUGCGAGCAGCUCCUGCAGCACCCCUACUUCGACAGCAUCCGAGAGGUUGAGCUGGGGAGGGAGCGAGAGAGAUCCCUCACGCGGAAGCCAAACCGGCCCACACGGAAGCACAUCCCUGGGUUACAGUACCUGCCCCAGUUAACUAGCAGCAACAUUCUACCUGCUUUGGAUAACAAGAAGUACUAUGCAGCACAAGAAAACUGAACUACCGUUUCCCCAAACAUCUAAAA